AUGAGUGAUAAUAAAAUCGUGAAAAUUUGUGAGGUUUGUGGGGACAAAGCAAUCGGUAGAAAUUUUACGGCUAUAACUUGUGAACCAUGCAAAGCAUUUUUUAGGCGGACUGGACUUAAAAAUAAACCAUUAAUAUGUCCAUCAAAUGGCAAAUGCAUUAUAAACUCAUUGACCAGAAAGAUAUGUCAAAAGUGUAGACUUGAGAAAUGCCUUACUGUGGGAAUGAAAAAAGAAUUCAUACGGAAUGGAGAGGAAAAUGAAUUGAAAAAACAAAUGCUUAGAGAAAACAAAUUAAAACGAAAACUACAUAAAGAAAGGACUAAUUGUAUGACAUCUCCAGACACUAACUCAACAAAUGAUACCGACUUUGGAAACGAAGUUUUAAGUGAUUUGUUAGAAAAGUCCGUAAAUAUUAAUGACAACAGUGUUAGUGAUCAGAGUAUGGGAAUUGAAAAUGUGAUCACAAUUAAUACAAAUGUUAAAAACGGGAGUUUAUUAUCGGAUAUAAUAAGUAGAUCUCAACGUAUUUACUCAUUAGUCCCUAUGUAUAAGGAGUUAACCGAUUAUAACGGUAUGAAUGAAUUGGAGAGAAAUAGGAUCAGGGAAAUAAUGAGCGCUUCUAAUGUGUGUAACUAUCAAUUGUCACAAAAAAGACAUUUAAUAAACACCCGGGAAGAAUUUUGCAAAAAAUCUACAAAUAUCAAUGAAAGUCUUAUUAAAGACAUGAUUACUUUUACUAAAAAUUUGAGUGGAUUUAAAACUAUUUGUACCGAGGAUCAAAUAUCAUUAUUCAAAUAUGGUUACAACGAAUUGGCGAUUGAUAAUGGUGAGACUGGUCUCAUUAGUGAAGAUGUUUGGGAUUACGGUCGUAAUUAUGGGGCCGUCACUUGCGAAACAUGUAAAGCCUUUUUUAGACGCGUUGUCACCAAGGACUAUAGACAUCUUGAUUGUCAUCUGAACGGAAAAUGCAUAAUAACUACCAAAACACGAAAGUGUUGUCAAAAGUGUAGACUUGAUAAGUGUUUCGCUGUCGGCAUGAAAUUA